AUGCAUGAAUUUUGUUCGAUGUUAGAAUAUUGUGAGUUAAGUGACUUGGGCUUCAUUGGUAGAUGGUUCACAUGGGAGAAAGGUAGGUUGGCAUCAAGCAAUAUCAGGAAGAGGCUUGAUAAGGGUGUUGUGAAUAUGGAGUGGUGGAGUCUGUUUCUCGAUUAUGUAGUUAAGUAUUUGCAUCAUUCCAUAUCCGAUAAUUGUCCUCUUUUAAUUGACACAAUGGGAGUUGCUAGACGAAGGCUGAGGACGGGCAGUUAUAAGUUUCGUUUUGAGGCUAACCGGUGUUUGGAAGAAUCUUGUGAGGAGGAGAUCUGGCAUCGAUGGGUAUUAUCUUCUAAUGAUGUGCUGAUUAAGUUAGAAAAACUAGGUGGGCAUCUACAAAGGUGGAGCCAUCACAUUAAAAAGGAUAGAGUGGUGGGGAAACGAAAUUUGGAGGAGCGAUUAUUAGAGCGUUAUGAUCAGUAG